AUGAGCACCGACAAGACAAUCAAAGGUCUCGUGAAAUCAGACGUAGACUACGAUGGCUCUUCUCUUCGUGUCGCCAUUGUACACGCCCGAUGGAACAAAGUUAUAAUUGACGCUCUCGUAGCAGGCGCCGUUGAGAAACUCAAGGAGAGGGGAGUAAAGGAGAGCAACAUUGUUAUCGAAUCUGUGCCGGGUAGCUUCGAGCUACCCUUAGCCUGUUCUAGAAUGAUUGCUGGUUCGCACAUUCAAACUGGCUCCAAUGUCACCGAUCUCCUUGGAGGACUGAACUUUGGAGGAAGCCCCUCACGGACCGGAACGCCAGCCCCCGCGGGGGUGGCCAAUAUGCCCAGCCAGCCGUUCGAUGCUGUUAUUGCCAUCGGGGUUCUCAUUAAAGGCGCUACCAUGCAUUUUGAAUACAUUUGCGACAGUGUGUCACAAGCGUUGAUGAGGAUUCAACUCGACACUGGAGUCCCUGUCGUCUUUGGUGUCUUGACUGCACUCACAGAUGAUCAAGCAUUAGAGAGGGCGGGCCUAGGUCGAGGCGCGAAUGGUAAGGGGCACAAUCAUGGAGAAGACUGGGGGCUUGCUGCUGUUGAGAUGGGAUCCCAUGUCCGUCGCUGGAACCAGGGACAAUUUGCAUAA